CCCCCCCCCCCCCCCCCCCCCCCCCCCCCCCCCCCCCCCCCCCCCCCCCCCCCCCCCCCCCCCCCCCCCCCCCCCCCCCCCCCCCCCCCCCCCCCCCCCCCCCCCCCCCCCCCCCCCCCCCCCCCCCCCCCCCCCCCCCCCCCCCCCCCCCCCCCCCCCCCCCCCCCCCCCCCCCCCCCCCCCCCCCCCCCCCCCCCCCCCCCCCCCCCCCCCCCCCCCCCCCCCCCCCCCCCCCCCCCCCCCCCCCCCCCCCCCCCCCCCCCCCCCCCCCCCCCCCCCCCCCCCCCCCCCCCCCCCCCCCCCCCCCCCCCCCCCCCCCCCCCCCCCCCCCCCCCCCCCCCCCCCCCCCCCCCCCCCCCCCCCCCCCCCCCCCCCCCCCCCCCCCCCCCCCCCCCCCCCCCCCCCCCCCCCCCCCCCCCCCCCCCCCCCCCCCCCCCCCCCCCCCCCCCCCCCCCCCCCCCCCCCCCCCCCCCCCCCCCCCCCCCCCCCCCCCCCCCCCCCCCCCCCCCCCCCCCCCCCCCCCCCCCCCCCCCCCCCCCCCCCCCCCCCCCCCCCCCCCCCCCCCCCCCCCCCCCCCCCCCCCCCCCCCCCCCCCCCCCCCCCCCCCCCCCCCCCCCCCCCCCCCCCCCCCCCCCCCCCCCCCCCCCCCCCCCCCCCCCCCCCCCCCCCCCCCCCCCCCCCCCCCCCCCCCCCCCCCCCCCCCCCCCCCCCCCCCCCCCCCCCCCCCCCCCCCCCCCCCCCCCCCCCCCCCCCCCCCCCCCCCCCCCCCCCCCCCCCCCCCCCCCCCCCCCCCCCCCCCCCCCCCCCCCCCCCCCCCCCCCCCCCCCCCCCCCCCCCCCCCCCCCCCCCCCCCCCCCCCCCCCCCCCCCCCCCCCCCCCCCCCCCCCCCCCCCCCCCCCCCCCCCCCCCCCCCCCCCCCCCCCCCCCCCCCCCCCCCCCCCCCCCCCCCCCCCCCCCCCCCCCCCCCCCCCCCCCCCCCCCCCCCCCCCCCCCCCCCCCCCCCCCCCCCCCCCCCCCCCCCCCCCCCCCCCCCCCCCCCCCCCCCCCCCCCCCCCCCCCCCCCCCCCCCCCCCCCCCCCCCCCCCCCCCCCCCCCCCCCCCCCCCCCCCCCCCCCCCCCCCCCCCCCCCCCCCCCCCCCCCCCCCCCCCCCCCCCCCCCCCCCCCCCCCCCCCCCCCCCCCCCCCCCCCCCCCCCCCCCCCCCCCCCCCCCCCCCCCCCCCCCCCCCCCCCCCCCCCCCCCCCCCCCCCCCCCCCCCCCCCCCCCCCCCCCCCCCCCCCCCCCCCCCCCCCCCCCCCCCCCCCCCCCCCCCCCCCCCCCCCCCCCCCCCCCCCCCCCCCCCCCCCCCCCCCCCCCCCCCCCCCCCCCCCCCCCCCCCCCCCCCCCCCCCCCCCCCCCCCCCCCCCCCCCCCCCCCCCCCCCCCCCCCCCCCCCCCCCCCCCCCCCCCCCCCCCCCCCCCCCCCCCCCCCCCCCCCCCCCCCCCCCCCCCCCCCC